AUGAUUUCGGAUUUCGCAGAUGUUGGCAUGACUCCAUUGACUAAUGAGAAUAGUGGAUUAAAUUCGUUAAAAGAAAAUAUUAUUAUACCUAGUGUGUAUGUGAGAAAACUCCAAGAGCAGGAAGAAAAAGGGAGAAUAGUUUUAACGUUAGCACGUAAAAAACAUUACGAAGAUUUACCCACAUUUUCUGGUCAUUCAUCUGAUGAUACAGAACGUUUUCUAAAAAGUAUUAAAGUGAUAACAACAAGUGAUAGAAUAAACGACGACAGUGAACGUUUACAAAUAGUGCGUGGGAAACUGACACAUUCAGCAGGAAGAUGGUUUGAUGAUGAUCAACAAGUAAUUAAAACAUGGGAUUAG